GCCCAGCUGGGAUAUAAGCGAGUCACUCGGAGCCAGCGGGGAGCUGCCGCGACAGCUGGCCGGGUGGCGUGGGGACAUCGCGCCGCGACCUGAGCCGUGCCCUUCGCCUCCACUCCGCACCCCGAUGGCGACGCCUUCGCAAAAAAGGAGCACCCGCAGCGGGGCUUCGGGGACCCCCCUGUCCCCCACCCGCAUCACGCGGCUGCAGGAGAAGGAGGAUCUGCAGGAGCUCAAUGACCGCCUGGCCGUGUACAUCGACAAGGUGCGCUCGCUGGAGCUGGAGAACGCCGGCCUGAGGCUCCGCAUCACCGAGUCCGAGGAGGUGGUGAGCCGGGAGGUGUCGGGCAUCAAGGCUGCCUACGAGUCGGAACUGGCGGAUGCCCGCAAGACCUUGGAUUCGGUGGCCAAGGAGAGGGCUCGGCUGCAGCUGGAGCUCAGCAAAGUGCGGGAGGAGCACAAGGAGCUGAAAGCGCGGAAUGCCAAGAAGGAAGGGGACCUGCUGACUGCCCAGGCACGCCUGAAGGACGUGGAGGCUUUGCUUAACUCCAAGGAGGCCGCGCUCUCCACGGCCCUGGGUGAGAAGAGGAACCUGGAAAAUGAAGUGCGGGACCUGAGGGGACAAGUGGCCAAGCUGGAAAGCGCCCUGGGUGAAGCCAAGAAGCAGCUGCAGGAUGAGAUGCUGCGGCGCGUGGAUGCCGAGAACCGACUGCAGACCCUCAAGGAGGAGCUGGAAUUCCAGAAGAACAUCUACAGCGAGGAGCUGCGUGAGACCAAGCGGCGCCACGAGACGCGGCUGGUGGAGAUCGACAACGGGCGGCAGCGCGAGUUUGAGAGCAAACUCUCCGAGGCCCUGCAGGAGCUGCGCAGCCAGCACGAGGCCCAGAUCAGGCUGUACAAGGAGGAACUGGAGAAAACCUACGGGGCGAAGCUGGAGAAUGCCAAGCAGUCAGCUGAGAGGAACAGCAACAUGGUGGGUGCUGCCCACGAGGAGCUGCAGCAGACCCGAAUCCGCAUUGACAACCUCUCCUCAGAAGUCAGCCAGCUGCAGAAGCAGCUGGCUGCCAAGGAGGCGAAGCUGCACGACCUGGAGGACAUCCUGGCCAGGGAACGCGAGACCAACCGGCGCCUGCUGUCCGACAAGGAGCGGGAGAUGGCCGAGAUGAGGGCGCGCAUGCAGCAGCAGCUGGAUGAGUACCAGGAGCUGCUGGACAUCAAGCUGGCCCUGGAUAUGGAGAUCAACGCCUACCGCAAGCUGCUGGAGGGCGAGGAGGAGCGGCUGAGGCUGUCCCCCAGCCCUUCAUCCCACAAAGGUGCCUCCCGAAGCCACCUGUCCACCUCGAGCUCCUCCAAGAAGAGGAAGCUGGAGGACAGCGAGAGCCGGACCAGCUUCUCCCACCAUGCCCGGACCAGCGGCCGUGUUGGCGUGGAGGAGGUGGACCUGGAGGGCAAGUUUGUCCGUCUCAGGAACAAGUCCAACGAGGACCAGGCCAUGGGGAACUGGCAGAUCAAGAGGCAGAAUGGGGAUGAUCCCCCCCUCACCUACCGCUUCCCCCCGAAGUUCACCCUCAAGGCUGGCCAGGUGGUCACGAUCUGGGCCUCGGGAGCUGGAGCAACCCACAGCCCCCCCAGCAACUUGGUGUGGAAAGCCCAGAGCAGCUGGGGCUCCGGGGACAGCCUGCGCACCGCCCUCAUCAACUCCAACGGGGAGGAGGUGGCCAUGAGGAAACUGGUGCGCACAGUGAUCAUCAAUGACGAUGAGGAUGAGGAUGAUGAUGAAAUGAGCAUCCACCACCGCCACCACCACGGCUGCAGUGGCUCUGGGGACCCCGGCGAGUACAACCUGCGCUCCCGCACCGUGGUGUGUGGCACGUGUGGCCAGCCGGCCGACAAGUCGGGCUCCCAGAACGCCGGCAUCACCUCCAUGUCCUCGGGCUCGUCCAGCUCCAGCGUCACUGUCACCCGCAGCUACCGCAGCAUGGGCGACUCGGGCAUCGGCCUUGGGGACAGCCUGGUGACCAGGAACUACCUCCUGGGCAGCUCCAGCCCCCGCAGACAGGCUCAGGCUGUGCAGAACUGCAGCAUCAUGUAAUUCCAUGGCGCAUUCCUGUGGUUCCUGCCUGUCUCCAGUUAGGUUUGUUUUUUUUUCCCAAAGCAAAGAAAUUUUUUUUCCCUUUAAAAAAACAAGAUAUCAAAAACCAAGGUUGUUUUUUUUUUGUUUUGUUUUCUAUAGCAGGAAUUUUAUAUAUAUAUAUAUUAAAAGUGCUAAAAGAUGCUU